UAUAACACAUCUAGAAAUUAAAGGCUUUGUAUCUAUCUAUAUAAAGCCCCCUUAACCUUGCAUCCCUGCACAAUUCAAGCACUACUUGUACGUUCAAGUAAUCCAUCUACCUCUCUGCCAAGAUGUGGACGAGCAUCAUCAAUCACCAAAAUCAUCACUACUCUCUCAUAUUUUACUUCAUCAUGAUCCUCUUCACCAUCAUCAUCUCCUGUUGCUUUCCAUAUGUCUCAUGUUAUUCCAAUAACUCUACCACUUCCUCUUCACCAAGAUUAUUAUGCCUCCCUCACCAGCGCUCUGCUUUGUUGCAGUUCAAACAUGAGUUUGCAUUUCAAAAACCCAACUUCACUUCUUAUCGUCGUUUCUGUUCGAGAUAUGAUCAAUAUUCCUUUUACACCGAUAUCUUCGAGUCUUAUCCGAAAAUGAAGUUUUGGAAGGCAGAAAAGGAUUGCUGUUCGUGGGAUGGUGUUACUUGCGACUUCAAAACUGGACAAGUAGUAGGCCUGGACUUGGCUAACAGCUGGCUUCAAGGACCUUUGCAUUCCAACAGCAGCCUCUUUAAAUUGCGUCAACUCCAAGAGAUCAACCUUUCCUUCAACAACUUCAGUUUCAGCCUCAUCCCAUCUGAGUUUGGCCAGCUUUCCAGGUUAAUAAAUCUCAACCUCUCUUUCUCUAUGUUUUCUGGGCCUAUCCCAUCUGAGAUCUCAUUUCUUACCAAUUUGGAUUCUCUUGAUCUCUCUUCUUUUGAGGGUUAUGAUGAAACUACUCUUUUACAUCUCACAAAAAUAGACUUCACAAACAUCAUCCAAAAUAUGACAAAUUUAAGUCAACUUCACCUGCACCAAGUUGACGUUUCAUCAUCAAUACCUGAAUCCUUGGCAAAUUUAACUUCUUUGACAUCUCUCCAACUUGGUGGAUGUGGAUUACAUGGCAAGUUUCCGGAGAAUGUCUUUGUCCUUCCUAAAUUAAAAUCCAUCCAUCUACCAUGUAACUAUCUUCUAUCUGGAUCCCUUCCACAAUUAAUUGAACCUUCUAACUCUCUAAGGCGGUUGGCUCUUGACUACACAAAUUUCUCAGGGGAAUUGCCAGAAACAAUUGGCUACCUCAAGUCCUUGAAUCAAUUAUCUCUACGGAAUUGUAAUUUUGUGGGGCCUAUUCCUCCUUCAAUUUGGAACCUUUCUGAGCUAACGUAUCUUCAGCUUUCAUCGAACCACUUCAACGGUCAUGAACUUCCAUCUACAUUGGGAAACCUUGCAAAACUUACAGCUCUAGGCCUUGAUUCUUGUGGGUUUAGUGGUGAAAUACCCCCUUCACUCGGAAACCUCACACGACUAGAAUAUUUUUUGCUCUCAAAUAAUGGUUUCAGCGGUCCAAUCCCAGCUUCACUUGGGAACCUCAAACAGUUGCAAUAUUUAGUACUUUCACACAAUGGUUUUAGUGGUCAAAUUCCUUCAUCGCUUGGAAAUCUCAAACAGUUGCAAGAUCUGAUUCUUUCAAAUAAUAGUUUUAGUGGUCAAAUUCCUUCAUCGCUUGGAAACCUCACAGAACUGAAAUUUUUAGAUCUUUCUUUUAACAACUUGGGUGGAGCCAUUCCUUCAUUUUUGUUUAUGUUGUCUUCUUUGAAUCUGUUGUCUCUGAGUCACAAUCAGUUUAAAGGAUCCCUUUCUAUCCAAAAUAUCUCUUCUUCUCAACUAGAGGUUUUGGAAUUGGAAGACAACAAAUUAAAUGGAAAAAUUCCCCAGUCGAUGUUCAAAUUGGUGAACCUAGUAUAUAUUUCCCUUUCCAACAACGACUUAAGUGGCACAGUUGAGUUAAGCAAAUUUGCGAAACUGGUCAAGCUCCAAAUGCUAUGGCUUUCGUCUAAUAGGCUAUCUCUAACAAACUUGAGUACAACUGAAGUUCUUCCAAAGUUUCAAACUCUAAGUUUGUGUUCAUGCAACAUAAGUGAAUUUCCAAAUUUCCUUAAGGCCCAAGAUCAAUUAGAGUCACUACAUCUUUGUAACAAUAGAAUUGAAGAUCAAAUUCCAAAUUGGUUAUGGGGUGCCAAAGGGAAAAUGAAAUUGGACCACCUAGACUUGACAGGCAACAAGUUGCAUGGAGCACUUAUUGUUCCACCAUUGUCCAUAUCCUACUUCUACAUCUCAUACAAUAAUAUUAGCGGAGGAAUUCAUCCAUCAUUUCAAAAGUGGAGCAAUCUUAAGGUCUUUGACAUCUCUAAUAACCGCUUUGGAGGAACUGUUCCGAGAUGGUUGUGCAACUUCAGUAGUUCUCUAGAGGCGUUGAAUCUGAAACGGAACAAUUUUGAAGGGAGUCUACACCAGAUGUUCACAUGUGGAGGCAUGCAUAAUUUGAAGUUUCUAGACCUCAGCCAUAAUCAGUUUCAAGGACAGCUUCCACAUUCUUUGGUUAACUGUAGUGAGCUACAAAUUUUAAAUCUUGGGCACAACAUGAUAAGUGACAGAUUCCCUUUUUGGUUACAAAAUUUGCCAGAGUUGCAAGUUUUGGCGUUACGUUCGAAUAAAUUUUAUGGUCCAAUAUGGGAUCCAAAUAAACUUUUGGGUUUUGUAAAGUUGGGAUUUGUGGAUCUAGCUUUUAAUAAUUUUAGUGGAAGUUUACCAUCAGAGUACUUUAGAAAUUGGGGUGGCAUGAUGGUUAAAGAUGUUAACCAAAAGAAGCCAUUCUUCACAUAUUUGAGAGAUUCUUCAUCCAAAUAUGCGAUUUAUUUUUACUUUACAUCCCUAGUGAUCAAGGGAGUAGAAAUGGAAGACAAAAGGAUCUUAAGUGCCUUCACAUCCAUUGACCUAUCAAACAACAAAUUUGAUGGAGAAAUUCCUAGUAGCAUAGGAGACUUGAGGGCUUUAGUUGCGCUCAACCUAUCCAGCAACAGAUUCACAGGAGCCAUCCCAUCAUCUUUUGGAAAAAUGAAGGAGCUUGAAUCCUUGGAUCUUUCAAACAACAAGUUGACUGGUAGAAUUCCUCAACAGUUGGCAGAUCUCUCAUUUCUUGCAUAUUUAAACCUCUCUCGAAAUCAACUCACGGGCCCGAUACCACAAGACGGACAGUUGGAUACAUUUCCAAGUUCAUCUUUUGAGGAUAAUCCAGGAUUAUGCGGUUCUCAAUUAUCGUCAAAGAAAUGUGAUGCCAAGGAGACACCAAUUUCGGAUGUAGAAUCAGACGACAGUUUUACUUGGAUACCGAUAGUAAUGGGAUAUGGAUGUGGAUUAAUGGUUGGAUUUAUCAUCGGAUAUGUCACCCUCUUUCAACAAGGCCCAACUGCUCUGUUUUGGUCAAGUUUCAUGGGAAGGUAUUUCUAUGCACGCUGGUGAAUUUGGAGCAUAACAGAGAUGUAAAUUGUUCAAGAAUCACCGCAAAAAUGCAGAGGAAAUCAGAAUCUUCACAGUAGUCAUUGACAACUAGGCCACUGAUGGAUGAUAAACACUUGGUCAAGCUGCUGAAUAUAUAUAUAUAUAUAUAUGUUAUGUUUCUUUAUUUUGAUUUUCCAUUUUCGUCUUUUGUUAUACUUGUGUUGAUACAAUAAAAUGAUACAUGUAUUAAUGGUUGAAUUAUAUACUCAUUUUCCAUAUUUUUGCUUUUUAUUAGUUAUUUUUUUAUAUCA